AUGGCCGAUACUGAAGAGGCCCCGCCGGUGGCGUCCGGCGACGAGAUCAAGCCUUACAAAAUCCACGUUUCGAGCAGAUAUCUCGACCUGACGAGGCAGAAGCUGGAGCUGACUCGUCUUCCGCACGAGAGCACACAGCCUCCGUCCGAGGACUGGUGGGAGCCGAAGCCUCAGGUAGAGCCGCUCAUUGACUUCUGGCUCGAGAAAUACUCGUGGCGCGAGCAGGAAGAGACUCUGAACAAGACUCCCCAGUUCCGCACCGCCAUAUCGACCCCAUCCUCAGAGGCGCCCCUUCGGCUGCACUUCAUCCACGCCCCGUCGCCUCACAGCCAUGCCCUGCCACUCCUGCUGAUCCCGCCUUUCCCCUUCUCCAACCUCGCCCUCGCGCACCUGGUGAAGCCCUUCACCGAGCCCGAGGAUGCGUCCCAGGACCAGCCGUUCCACCUGGUCAUCCCGGCCCUCCCAGGGCUCGGCUUCAGCGACCCCUUCCCGAACAACACCCCCGUGAUCCCCGCGACGGCCGAGAUGCUCAACACCCUCAUGCUGCGCCUCGGCUACCAGCACUACCUGGUCAGCAACUCGGGCGCUGCGCAGUCGUCGCCCGCGAGGAUCGACUGGAAGCUGGUCGAGAGCCUGUCGUCCGCCUACCCGGGGGCCUGCCUCGGCGCCCACCUCAUCUCCCCGCCGCUGUGCUCGCCCAAGCUGUCCGAGGCGCCCCUGGAGUGGGCCAAGUGGACCAUCGCCACCGUGCUCAAUGCGCCCAUCCUGGGGUACAGCAAGGAGGACCUCUCCGCGCACAAGCAGACGGCCGUUGCCCUGGCGCAGAAGAAGAAGGCGCUCACACCGUCCGAGUUCGGCCUGGACAAUGUCGGGCUGAAGGAGCCAAACACACUCGCGUACGCAAUGUGCGACUCCCCCACGGGGCUCCUCGUCUUCGCCCUCAAGGGCCUGCGCCUACUCGCCCCGAGGCUGCCAUUCACGCCAGAGCAGAUCAUCACCUUCACCAAUCUCGCGUGGCUGCCCGGGCCGGAAUACGCCAUGCGGUUCUGGGCACACUGUGCCACGCAUGACAACGACAACAACAACAACGCAAGGAAAGAGGCGGCCAAGAAGCCAGCCACGAGACCGAGGGUCGGCAUCACAGUCUUCCUGGGGGAGACGGGGACAGGAGGCAGGAGCGGGGGAGCCGAUACCGCGGCCCUCCCGGAAGGAAACGAAAGGACCGUCCAGGUGGAUGCGCCCACCAAGGCCGACGCGGGCGCCGGGUACGUCUGCCCGGCGUGGGCCAACGCGCACUACAGCGUGCUGUUCUCGCAGCGGGCGCAGGGGGUGCCGGGCCUGCUAGCCUGGGAGAGGCCGCACGUCAUCCUCACGGGCCUCAGGGGCCUCGCGGCGGAGGUGCUCAAGGCCGACGGGCGGCUCCGAGCCUCGCCGGCGGGGGCGGACACCGCCCCGCUGGAGGGCGUGGUGUCCCCCGGGGAUGCGGCAGCUGGCGCGGGGGAGGGUGGCGACGACGACGGCCUGAAGCCGCCGCCGCGGCCGAUCCUGGAGCAGGGCGACAGCUCCAGGACGCAGGUGGCGUCGCAGCCGCCGUCCAGCCCCAAGGGCAAGGAGCCCGAGAUAGCGUCUCCCAUGGCAUCCCCAAUCACGGCCGCGGCAGAUCAAGACCAGAACCCGGGGUCGCCCUGGGCGCCGGCGAAGGGCGGGGAGGAGGAGGAACGGUCAAUCAGGGAGGGUACUCCUGACACUGUCGUCCUGGUGACGGCGCCGACGCCGCAGGAGGAGGAAGCUGUGAAGAAAUGA